UAUCAAAUUAUUCAACCUGUCGUCUCAUUCAAAAAUGAGCAUUUGAAAAAUUCUGUCUAGCACAUGUGACAAAGCAAUGAUGGUCUGAAUCCGUACCUCUGCUACUGUCCCAGCUUUAAUCAUCCUUGUCUGCAUCGUACACUACAUUGUGUAUGCAUAUACUCCUUCUACGUCAAGGUUCCAUCAUCUCACUCCCAAAAUAUCGUCACUCACUGUUCACUUCCCGACUGUUAUCCGCUUGCUUUCAACAAUGGCGGCCGUGUUGCAACAAGAGGAAGUAGUGAUAGUUGGAGCUGGGAUAGCUGGACUAGCAACAUCUUUAGCUCUUCACAGGCUUGGAAUCAGAAGCCUGGUGCUGGAGUCAGCACCGAGCUUGAGGGUUACUGGGUUUGCUCUGGCGACAUGGACGAAUGCUUGGAGAGCUCUGGAUGCUCUUGGGUUAGGAGACGCUCUUCGCCAGCAACAUCAGCGGAUUUAUGGAGUGGUGCAUGCUUCCACGAUUACAGAACAGACGAGCGCAGAGGUGCCUUUCUCUGGUAAUGGACAUGAAGCUCGAUGUGUGCAGAGGAAGCUGUUGCUUGAAGCCAUGGUGAAUGAGCUUCCCGAUGGCACUAUCAGGUACUCAUCAAAUGUGGUUUCCAUGGAGGAUUCUGAGUUGGAUUCUGGGUGCUUAGUCAAGUCGCUGCAUCUUUCUGAUGGCACCGUUAUUAAAACAAAGGUGUUGAUCGGCUGCGAUGGAGUGAAUUCCAUGGUGGCGAAGUGGCUGGGAUUCAGCAAUGCAGCAUUCACUGGAAGAUCAGCAGUUAGAAGCAUGUCAAUAUUCCCACAAGGCCACGAAUUCGGCUCAAAGUUCCUUCUGUUUGUUGGGAAGGGCUUUCGAGUUGGUUGUCUUCCUUGUGAUGACAAAACCUUGCACUGGUUCUUCACUUGGACACCCUCUACCCAAGAGAAGGAUCUCCUAGAUAACCCUGCUAAGCUGAAGGAAUUUGUACUAAGCAAACUCCAGAACACACCUGAUAUGAAGAAAUUCGUUGAGAACACUGAGACAGACGAAAUCAUGUCAUCCCCAUUACGGUACAGGCGGCCAUGGGAGGUUCUGAUAGGAAACAUAAGCAAAGGCAAUGUCUGUGUUGCAGGGGAUGCCCUGCAUCCCAUGACUCCUGAUAUCGGCCAAGGCGGCUGCUCCGCCUUGGAAGAUGGUGUCACGCUUGGCAGGUGCCUUGCUGAAGCCUUGAAGAAGAAUUCUUCUGCCAUGGGAAGUGAAGAGAUAGGCAAGGAAGAGUCUGCAAUGAUUGAGGCUGGGUUGAGUAAGUAUGCCAAAGAAAGGAGAUGGAGGAGCUUUGAGCUCAUUGCCACAUCUUACUUGGUGGGUCGUGUGCAGCAAAGUGAAGGAAAGAUUGGGACUUUUCUGAGAGAUCAUCUGUUGGCUAAGUUUCUUGCUGGGUUGCUGCUGAAGAGAACUGAAUUUGACUGUGGGAAGCUCAUCAGCUACUAGCAGAGUGUGUUUUUUAUUAUGUUUUUCUUUUGGUUAUCUUUCGACAUUAGUGUAUUGUGUAUUUAAUGUUUUAAGACGAGAUGUUUUAAGAUUAUGUUAUAUCAUAAGAGAUAAGAGAGAGUGUAAUGUGGUCUUUUAAUGAAAAAUAAUGUUUCAUGUACGAUCUACAUGUUUUAUACGAGAUCGUUGUGUUUGCGUUAGAAACGGUAGCAUGACAAUUUUAAACAAUCGAGUUCAAUACAAUAUCAAAAUAGGUCAUUGAUUCAUUUAUAUCAAUAAUCCAAUGAGUCAACCUGUUAUCAAUCCUUGAUCCAUUUUUAUUUGCAGUAUUGACCACAAAACAUAUGGAUUUAUGUUCACAAAAUAAGCAUCUGAUAGAUUC